AUGAACGUGUAUGCUCCGUCUGCCAGCACAGCCGACUACAACAGGGACUCACCGGGCUACCCCUCCUCCAAACCCCCAAGCUCCAGCUUCCCAAGCUCGUUCUUCAUGCCAGACGGUCACCACAGCGGCGACCCCUGGAGCAGCAGUAGUAGCAGUAUGAGUCAGCAGGGUUACCAUGGCAGCAUGCUGGGGGCCGGGAACUCUGCCCACGGACCCUCCCAGAGCUCCUCCUACUGCGGGAUUCACCCUCACGACAGAUUGAGCUACCCGUCACAUUCGUCUGCAGACAUCAGUUCCAGCCUUCCUCCCAUGUCCAGCUUCCACAGAAGCGGCGGAAGUGGGGGCGGGGGCAAUCACUACAGCACCGCCUCGUGCACGGCCUCCACCAACGGCACAGACAGCAGCAUUAUGGCAAACAGAGCACAGAGUUCAGCAGCCAGCAGCUCUCAGACAGGAGACGCCUUAGGGAAAGCACUCGCAUCCAUCUACUCUCCAGACCACACGAACAACAGCUUCUCGUCCAAUCCCUCCACUCCAGUCGGCUCCCCUCCCUCCCUCACAG